AUGUAUAAAAUAACAGAUUUGAUAUUAGUAGGAAAUACAGAUAAUGUCGGAGCAAAGGCAUAUAAAUAUGUAGAUGUAGAUGUAGAACAAAAAACACUUUUGUUCUACAAUCAACAACAAUUAGUAAUUGCAUACGAUACUUUGGUAAAAGCUGUGAACAUUGGAUCUGGUAGAAUUAACAUCCUUGAUACUCUGGGAGGAAUUGGACAAAUCGAACUUUUCAAAUCCAGAGAGGAUGAUGUAACCACAUAUUUGGAAAGAAUCGAGCAGUUGUUUUGCAAUGAGGUAGGAGAUGAAAACAAGGUACCAUUGUUCCUUACAUUAAUGGAAAAAGAAGCUUAUAAAAUUAUAAAAGAUUUAACUGCUCCAGAAGUCCAAGAAUCUUAUGAGAAUCUCACAGAGUUUGCUGAGAAAUUAAAAAGUUUAUCUAAAGACUGUAGUUUUGGCGAAUUUCUGGAUGAGACUCUUCGCGAGUUCGUGCAAAUAGCUCUAGCAAAAGAAGUACCAGAAGGUCAAGCAUUGUUAGUAGGAGGAGACAUAAACAAAGUCGGCAAAGUAAAUUUUUCAGGUAAAAAGUCCAAUUGCCAGUACAAGUUAAAUCCACUGUUAAGAAGAACCUGGUUGAGUAUUCUGAACUUAGACUGGAAAAAUAUACUUCAAAUAUGUCAGGAGUCUGAAGAGUCAAACUUGUAG